AUGGGUACCGCUUCCUUCAGUCUCGAUGGAAGCCUCUUUCCCUUAUAUGCCAGCUACAAGGAAGCCACCAACUAUGUCAUCAAAUGGCUCACGAAGAAUACUGGCGCUGGGAUCUCCAGGGCAUGCCUUCACUCCGUCAAGGAAAUGAGGUACUUGACAGACUGCAUUCUCUCGUGCGGCGUGGACAUCCCGGAAGAGCUUUUGAAGAAGUUCCGACAAGCAAUCAAUGCUCGCCGACGCUUGACGACCUUCUACAAGUCCAGUCCUAACACUGCUGACUGUGAGUCCACGGACCACCAUGUCUACUUUAAUGAGACCUUCCAAGGGAUCUACCAAGACAUCUACCAGGCCCAUAAGCAAUGCAACUGCCGCCUGUCGCACGCUCGGAGCAAGUCUCAAGAACUCUUUUUGCCCUUCUUGAACUCAUUCGACUGCCUCAAGAUCAAUGACGGCGAUAAUGGCACGCGGAAAGUCACGACCAGCAGCUGCGAAGACUGCAACAAGGGGCCGUCAGUACCUUCCGACGUUGAUCCAGAGGGAGAGAACAAGCUACGAACUCAGGGGCCAGCCAUAGCAGACGACGCUUUGGAAGAGUGGGCGAGUCUUCAUUCGCUCCUCAUUCAACUGGAGCAUCUAAUGACCACAAUCAAACGGUCUUACCGCCAGGCUGCCGAUGGCUCCAUCCCGCUUGCGGUAGCUGCAAUGUCCAGUUGCUGUGCGUAUGAGUGUAGCAGCUCGCUCACCUGUGCCCUUGAAAGUUACCAAAUCCGCAAUCCUUCCCAGUUGAAGAAGCGAUACGAAGCCCUGGCGCGGGACUUUCAUGCAACUUCUGUGCCAGAUCGAGCUCCGACGAGCGGCAAAGCUACCUUGGAUGGACUGCACCUCGUCUGGGAAGAGUUGCUGGCGUUCAGAGGUGGCUUGAGUUCUCGUCACGAUCUCGAUUAUCGUGUCAAAUGCCGCCAAUGUCAAUGCGCCUCCUGUUCGUUCCCGACUGAGGACGUUACGGACUUCCUCGCAACGGAUCCGGCGACGGUAUCCAGAUCCGAAGAUCUCGAAGCCAGUGAGCGACGUGUACUGAGAUCCGUCUUACGUGGAGCGUAUCAAGAUAUCCAGAUGCGAAAGGAAAGCCAGCAUCAGCAGACACCAUGCUUUCCCGUCUGGCGUGACCUGGAGCUCUUUCUGGAGGGCGACAACGAGAAAGAGGAAGCUCCACUCAACCAUAUCAAUCUCUGCUUCGGACUGUAUCUCUUUAUUGAGUCCUACAAGACUUUUCAGAGCCUUGAUGCAAUUGACAGCGACGCAACGACUAUCGAGCGACCACAAAAGCCCGCACAGAAGCGUAUCGCUCGCCUACAUGCACUGAAGCUGUCACUCAACCUCCUGAUCACGGUCAAGUCAACCCUCCACAACAGAGACGUCCCGUGCUCCUGCUUCAGAGCCAACGGUACCACAGUCUUAGCCAGCAUUGUAGACUGGCACAACAGCCUCAACCACUUCACCAGGAUCAACCGCUUCGAUCUGCUCUACCAAGCUCCAUGGAUGUCCGGCUUCCACGCAAUGACGAAUCUUGCUCAGACUGCCACGUGCGGCUCGAACCUCUGGCAUUACGGAUACUACGUCGGCACAACUCUGCACGUCUACAACGCGCUGGUUCAAGCAAGACUGCUGGACGCUUCCCAGCUCCCUGUUCUGGAAGCUGUGUGCGACACAUACAAGGACGUUCUUUUCCUGGGCAAGCGAUCUACGCACAAUGUAUUCAGCUGCUGGAAGCGAUGGGGAGGCGCCAAGGUCCUGCGGUCCUCACAUCACAGCAGAUCUGGAUCAGGCAAGGGGGACAAGAGGUGGGAUCUCUGUUCCGUGCACGAUUCGAGCCAUGGUAGCACGAACUGGAGACGCAGCUACUGUCCAACGAAAGUCUCGGUCUUCGCUGCUGUGGUGCAAGGGCAGUACAAGCUCGAUGAGGACGUGAUGCAACGGAUCGCUGCGACUGAGAGGCGUGAUAGCGCUAUAUCAGCGCACGUCCAAGCAGAGGGAGUAGAAGGAGCGGACGAACACCGCCUCCAAGCAACCAAGGUCGAAAGAAUGCAAGCCGCUGUCCUCUCAGAGUUCAACGACCCUACGAUGCCCGUUACGCGGAUCAACCACUUCGCCUUCUACCACGCAUGCAUGCGCUUUAUGCGGAAGUUCAGCGAUGCGAACCACGAGCAGCCUCUUAGCUACAUCUGCAAGUGCGCAGCAGAAGGCUGUUUGGAGGCGUGUGAUAUGUACUUGAAGCGAUGCUUGCUGUCCAGCAGCAGCGUGAGGCCGGAGCUUAUUGAUUGUAAGAUUGCAGACAGUGCUACAGAACACCUUCUUGGAGAGUUCUCGGGCAAAGUCUUGGAGGCGUUUCUUUGGGAUGGUUCACUUCCAAGUCGCUGA